AUGGCCACUCCCGCUGAAAUUAUCGCCGCUCGUGUGAAUGGAACCUACGUUCCUGAAAAUGAGCCUGAGCCCGUGAAGAAGAAGGUGGAGCCUGUGGACAAGGAAAACGCUUUCCCUGUUCUCGGCGGCCGCCUGAGCCCUGCUGCUGGGAACAUGGGAGCAAAUACCUCGUGGGGCCCUGGCAUCAACGGUAAAACCGCUUCUGGUGCUGGUGCCGUGGCAGCGACUCCUCUGUUGAAGUCGAAUUCUGCACGCUCUUCGCCUGUUCCAGCUACCAAGUCCAAUUUCAAGGGAACCACUGUUCAAGAAGCUUUUUCUUUGGACGUGGAGGACCAAUUGAACGUGACCAAGGCAGAGUUCAUCAAGGUUUUGUCCAGCAUCAAGCAAGAGACUAAGACAAGCAUUGAGUGCACUACUUCACAGCACACCAAGAAGAGAACGUUUUUGAUCACGGGCUCACCCGAGGCAGUGAAAUUGGGUAAGCGUCUUGUCAUCAAGAAAUUGACCAAGCCUGUGUCGAUUGCAUUUACGAUUCCUUCAAAAUUGAGAUCAAGAGUAAUCGGUGCACAGGGUAAGAACUUAAAGCCCAUCAUUGAGGAGAACGAUGUGAAGAUAAACAUCCCCAAUGCGGAGGCGUCUCCUUCUCCCGUGGGAGACGACGUCGAUGACGAUGAUAUUUUUGCCCAUACUGUCGAAGUAACUGUCGACGGAGACGCCGAAGGAUGCAAGAGAGCGAAAGCACUGAUACUAGCCAUAGUCAAGGAGGAAACUAAAAACACAUCAGUGAAAAUACCAUUGAUUUCGCCAGAUAAGCCGUGGGCCGCAAAGGAGGCUAAGAUCUUCCAGGAAAAAUACCCUGACAUCGAAAUUUUAGCCCCAUUGUAUAACGAACCAAGUGAUAACAUGAUCAUCACCGGUGAGAGAGAACUUGUUUUGAAGGUUCGUGACGAGAUCAAUGAAGCUUUCAGGACAAGAAUUCACUCGAAUACUUCAUCUGCGGAGAGCGUUCCCAGAGUCAAACAGCAGUUUUUGCCUAUUCAGCGGUUGAUUGACGAGGAUGAUGUUUUCAUUGAACUUUAUCCUUCGGGAGAUAUCGUUAAAUUCAUUGGCCCAGAGCAUAAGCUCAAUGCUGCUAAGGAAAAGGCUAGACAAACGACUUUGCAAUACCAAGUGGAUGUCUUGGACAUGAGCAAAGCUCACAAGGGCAACGUCAACCAUGUGAAGGCCAUUGCCUCGCUCUUCUUAAGAACUGGUAAGUUUAAGGAGAUCGCGGCUACUCAUAACGUUGUGGUUCUGCCACCUAAAGAAGACCUUUUGACCAAGGAUGAAGAGAAGUCUCUCGAAAUACAAGUUAUCCUGAAGACCCUGGAGGCCGAAGCUGGCAAAGAUGCCAGAAGGGCCAUUGUAUCUGCGGUUAAUCGCAUUCUUCCGGAAAAAACCAAAGUUGUCGACGACGUGGAUGUGUUGUUGCUCUCGAAGGCCGAGUCUAUUCUCAAGGUUGAGGCACCAAAGCACAAUGUCGAGUUCACCAUCUUCCGCAAUAAGAUUUAUUUGUUUGACGUUUUUGAUGCCCAGGACAGUGAUGAUUUCGGCGAAGACAAUUUCUCUGAUAAUAAUUUAGAGCUCGUCAACAACCACUUGGACGAGUUGAGAGGUAUCCUGGAAUUCUUGACUAACGUCGUGAUGACUGUGAGCGUUGAGAACCAGAGAUUGCUCAAUUCGAAAAACUCUACGUUGCUCAAUCUUAUUUUGAACGAGGUUGAACCUGAAUCUGUCAUGGUGGAAUUCUACUCUGAUGGUAUCGAGAAAGAAGCAUAUGAGAAGGAUUCGCUUCUCAUUCAUGGCAUCAAGGACUCUGUGCUUGUCGUUGAGAAGCAAAUUGCUCAAGUUUUGGAUGACUAUGCUGAGCACAAUCCCCAUUAUUUAGCAUCGGUUGAAAUACCCGCGUCCGUAGUGCCAAAGUUCAUUGGUAAAGCAGGCGCCAACGUCAAUGCUAUCAAGAAGAAGUACGGCGUCGACAUUGAUAGCAAUGACUUUAAGAAGGAAAAGCUGGACAUUGUCAAUUUUGACAUCUCAGGUCACAAGAAGAGCGUUGAAUUGGCGAAGAGUCACAUUCAGAAAGAGGUUAAGAAGUUGGCAGACGACAAGAUCGCUCGUGUAAGAGUGGAAGCUGAGUACCACAGACGACUUGCUGGCCCCGGGUUCAAAUAUAUGCACAGAUUGGAGGACAAGUACGGCGUGAAGAUCAGGUUUCCAGGCGACAAUAUUGGAAAGUUUGUGGAUGCCCCUUCUAACAAGGAUGAAAUCACCAUAAGGGGUCCUUCGAAGGGUGUUGCAAAAGCAGAGGAGGAAAUCAAAGAAUUGUACGCUUUUGAGAAGGAGAACGGUUUCAAGACCAGAGUGAAGGUGCCCACGAAAGCUAUCGCAAGAGUGAUUGGCAGAAAUGGUGACACUAUAAAGGGCAUUGUCGAUGGAUUUGGAGUCGAUUACAGCUUCAACAGAAACAAAGAGGCCGAGGAAGCCCAGGGUUUUGGUGAGAUUGAAUUUACAGGUUCCAGGUCUGCUUUGAAACAGGCUACAGAGAAGGUCAAUGAGAUCAUCGAAGAAGUUGAAAAUUUUGUUACUGUCACCGUGAACGUCCCUCCCAAAUAUCACAGCGAUAUCAUUGGCCCAGCUGGUCGUGUGAUGAGGGAGAUCAUCAACAAGGCCGCUGGUGACAUCUUCCUUCCUCCUCAACAAUUUGGUCGCUUGUUGCAAGUCCCUGAUACAGACGCUGGAUCUGACGAGGUGGUGUGUGCUGGAGAUAAGAAGGUCGUCGACAAGAUCGUUGCUCAAAUCAAGGAGAUUGUGGCCGAGAGGGAGGCUGCCAUUGAGGACACUAUCGAGGUUCCCAAGUCUAAGCACAGGCAAUUGGUGGGGCCUGGUGGAGCAAUACGCAAAGAGUUGCAAGAGCAGUUUGGUGUUCGUAUCAGCCUUCCAAGACCCGAGAACCCUCUGCUGGUGAUCACCUUGUCGGGCAAGCCGGAAAGAAUCGAGAAGUUGAAGGAAAGAAUCAAAGAGUUGACCAAGGACGACUGGAAUGAAAGCAUUGAGAUUCCUGCUCACCUCCAUGUUUUUGUCUCUGAAAGGGGUACCCUAAUCAACGAAUUCAAGGUUGAGCAGAACGUGAAUAUGUCACACGGGAACUACACUAGAAAAGCCACAUUGAUUGCUAAAGCGGCCCUUCCUACCCCACCAGAGGACGUUGACGCUGACGAGGGCGAGGAGGGCAAAUACCAGUGUGUCAUUACGCCAUUCGAGCACGUUGAAAAAUACACUAUUCCUUGGAGAUUCAGCGGAGACAAAGACGCCACAGCCAAGGCGGCCAAGGUUGUCGAGGAGCGGUUGGAGCAAGCCAAGAAGAUCACUCAUCAAGGGUGGUUUACGCCAGUCAACUCCAAGAGAUUUUACCCACGUCUCAUUGGGUCCCUGGGAAGCAACAUCAAACAGCUUCGUAAGGAGACGGGUGCCUUCAUCAUGUCGCCUAGAGACAACGGACCAAUCUACAUUGCUGGUACCGAGGAGCUGGUAAAGGCUGCAAAGGAGGCGAUGACGAAGUUGGUAUAG